AUGAGCAGUUGUCAGAGUAGUUCAACAGCUCUGACUAGCUCGUCAACUCUUACUAUAGAGAAUCCCAAGGAACAACUUAAAAGUUCUGGUGCCUCUCCUCAAAAGGUUUCAGAAGUUUUUUUGGUGGCCGGACAAGCCUUUCAAAAACUAGGCGGACUUAUUGCAAGUUUGCAAAAUCCAAAUAUUGGACGUGAAAGGAAGUGGACAAAUUCAGAUACAAAUGAUUUGCACGAUGCAGUAGCACGUUUUGCAGAUGAUUUGCAGCGCAUCAGUGAAACAGUUCACGAACGAGAAGUGCAGCUGAUAAAAGAGGAUAUAAUUAAGAGGCCCGCUACAAGUCAUUAUGUAAAAUCUGCCACCUUGUCACGAACAAAUGGGAGUAGUAUAAGACCUACUGCUGUUACAAGACCUUUAUUAAAACGUACUAGCAGUAUUUCUCAUGCAUCAGCAGAUUCAAGUUUCAAGCGUCGUAUUGUCACAACAUACUCAGGAUCCACUGCAGUAUCCAACAGUUCUUGUUAUGCAACUAUUCCUCAAAUGCAACCGUCCAGUAUAAAUUCAUUGGCUAUGGCCCGAGGACAAAGUGUACCCUUUAAUGUAUUUUCAAGCAAUCUUGCUACUGUUACUGUCCAUUCGACACCUCGUACAGUUUUUCUACCAUCAGAAUCCGCCGUUCAAGAUGAGACAAAUAAUCUUGAUAAUAGAAUUUUGAGGUUGUGA